UCUCUCCUGUUCCACAGGGAGGACAGACGGGUUGUCCUUUACCACUGUCCACCAGCACUUGAUUAGACAGCAGCCGUUUUACAUGCUCCACCACCAGAAUCCCAUGAUGACACAGAGAACAGCGUGACUGGGAAUUUUUUCUUCCCCAAGCUCUUGUAUCACAGCCGAUCUGGCAGCAGAUUACCUUCUGACACUGUUAAUAGCAUAUAUUGGUUGAUCCAGUCCCUUACUGAAUCUGCUGAGGGAAUUAAAGAAAGCAACUUCAAGUCAGAAAGGUGUGCAUGGAAACAUAUUUAAAAAACAGCUUCAACUAACUUAAGAAAGAACACACACAGCAAAGAUGCAUCUGAAUUCUCUUCCUUUCUUCAUUUUCUUGAUCAGUGGCAUCUUCUGUCAAUAUGAUUAUGAUCCUGCUGGAUAUUAUCCUCCAGACCCAGAUUAUGGUUAUGCUCAUUCCAUGUAUGGGCCAUCUACAGCAGUCUGUGCACCAGAGUGUAAUUGCCCUGUAACCUAUCCAUCAGCUAUGUAUUGUGAUAACCUUAAACUGAAAAAUUUCCCAAUCAUUCCUUCUGGAAUUAAAUACCUAUAUUUACGAAAUAAUAUGAUUGAAGGAAUCGAAGAUAAUGCUUUUAAUAAUGCCACAGACCUGGAGUGGCUAAUCCUAGAUAAUAAUCAUUUGGAAAAUUCAAAAAUUAAAGGCAAAGUGUUUGCCAAAUUAAAGAGUUUGAAAAAACUGCAUAUUAACUACAACAACUUAACCGAAGUUGUUGGGCCACUUCCCAAUACCCUGGAUGACCUGCAAGUCACUCAUAACAAGAUUUCAAAAAUCAACCCCAAUACACUAGAAGGAUUAGUGAAUCUGACUGUUGUUCACCUACAACACAACCAACUGACAACAGAUUCACUUUCUGGGGUUUUUAAAGGCUUGGAUUCACUUUUGUAUCUUGACCUGAGUUACAAUAAACUUUCUAAAUUGCCUCGGGGACUCCCCGCUAAUAUACUGAUGCUAUAUUUUGACAAUAAUGAGAUUACCAACAUUCCUGAUGAAUAUUUCCAAGGUUUUAAAGCACUGCAGUUUUUACGUCUCUCUCACAAUAAAUUGACAGAUUCUGGAAUACCAGGCAAUGCUUUCAAUAUUUCCACGCUUGUUGAGCUCGAUCUCUCCUACAAUCAACUGAAGAGCAUUCCAACAGUUAAUGAACAUCUUGAAAAUUAUUACCUCCAAGUCAAUCAGAUUAACAAAUUUCCAGUGAGCAGCUUUUGUAAGGUUGUUGGAGCCCUCGCUUAUUCCCGGGUCAGACAUCUGCGUUUGGAUGCAAAUAAUCUCACGAGAGCUGAUCUUCCUCAAGAAAUGUACAACUGUCUUCGUAUGGCUGCUGAAAUCUCCCUAGAGUGAGUUGCUAUGCCUCACUUCAUACAGAGGCCAUCCCUAUUUUCCUAUUUCACACCACAGUUACACUUUAAAACUAAAACGAGUCACCUUGCAUAAUAUGUCUAUUGUGUUUGUUAAUAAUCAGCAUGAUUUUGACCUCAUUUUAAAAAAUGUGUAUUUAUACAUAUUCUACUAAGUCUGCAGUGCAAACAUUUUAUAAAGCUCAAAUGUCCCAUAGAAUGUGGACAAUAUUGUUUUCAUGCUUAUUUCUUAGACUGCUUUAGGUAAGACAAUACAAUACAGCCUGAGUUUUAAAAAAUGUUUUUUAAGCACUGGGAUACACACGAUAAACACACCCUAUACUCCAUGUAGGUGUGCAGUCCUACUCAGGUUUGCCAAAGUCAGGUAUCUUCUUAUCUAGAUGGAAUAUUUAGUAUGUUAGGGCUGGACCAUUUAUGUACAUUAUUUUCACAGUUUUCUAUCAAUGUUCUAUGUUGUUUAAUAACUUUGAUUUGCAUUUCAUUGUAAUUAUAUUACGCAGGAAAUCCAUAAUCCAUUAUAGCUAUAUAAACUGAUAAAAUUUGUAGGAAAAUAUAUUUUAAGAACCAAUCAAAUAUGAUUCAUGUGAAGGACUGAGAAAGAUUCUUUUUAUUUUGUUAGUGCCCUUUAUGUUUGUUAAAUAA